AUGAUGGCACUCUGUGUUAUGUGGUUCAUCGCAUUCGUUGGCUGGAAACAGGGUUCCUGUGAGCUCCUCGGAAAUGACGAUACUUCUCAGUACACCUUCGAAAGAAAAGCAAACGUUAAUAAAAGAGACGCUCAGAGUGAUGCGACCUGUGAAGCAAUCCUCGAAAAAAUAAGGCUGGACGGUCUUUCUACGGCCACGGAACAUGAUUUUCAAACAUCAUCGACGAGCAUUGCAGCUGCACAACUGCAGACCACUCCUGCAGCUGAAGCUGAUGGCUGGGUCUACUACAAGGCAACGAAUAUGUGCUACAAGAUAUUCCUCAACACUAGAGCUUUCGAUGUAGCAGAGAAGCACUGCAAUAGCUACGAUGGACACUUAGCAUCCAUCCAUUCUUUGGAUCAGAAUCAAUUCCUAUUAGCACUCACCCAGGACACUUUCUUCUGGAUUGGGUUAAAACUUGAGGGAACAUGUGACAGUUUUUCUGGUCAGAAAUAUUGGUUGGAUGGUUCGGCCCUCGAUUUCGAGAACUGGACUCAAAUAUAUGCAUUUAGCUGUGAUUGGAAAGGCGCUUUUAUUAUACGUUCUUCCGAUGAUUUCGAGGCAGGAAGAUGGAUGGGCCGUGUGGACACCUACGAGUUUCCCUUCAUGUGCCAAACUAAAAACAUUCUCUACUGUCCUGAACACGUGAAUUGA